CACGUAUAAUAUCGGUGAAUCAGAUUGUUGUGGUAGUGUACAUGCACAUUAAGUUAUUGGGUAUUCCUAGAAAUUCUGCUCAUUAGCAAGCUGGGUGUUUGAGGUGAAUAGCUCACAGCUAACUGUAACUGUAUUGUGGAUAUUAAGUUUAUAGACAUUAAGAAAUGAAAAUGUUAAAUUCAAAUUGUGCUGAAUUGUUAUCCGUUUAAUGUCAUAGGCGUUUUUGUGAACCGAUUAGAUUAGACCGAUUAGCUAUUAUACGCAUUUGUGAACCAAGUUGAUUAUGCUAAUCGUUACAUUUGUGAGACGAUUUAACUCAACUGAUUAGGCAAAUCGACCUAAUCGUCCCAGGAGGUGUUUAGGCGAUUAGAUUUGACGUUUUCAAAAUGGCGGAAUGUUCGACAUCAAGGCCAUUAGCAAGCAGGUUGUUUGAAUGAAUAGCUCACAGUUAUAUUGGUAUACAUCCAUCUUUUAAAAUCCAAGCCGAUCAGCUUUCCAGUUUUAGAAUGGAUGAGACCAAUGUACCACGAGAUGACAAACCGGCUAAAAGAGAAAGUUCAAACGGGAGUGAUGAUGAAAUGGAACACCUGAUACCAACUAAAAUAGUAAAAUUAUCUGAUGAAAGUGAAAGUGGGAAUAUCGAACCAAAACAUGAACUCCAGAAGAUACAGGAAAGAUUAUCUCAAGCUGUUGAUGACGUCAACAUUGAUCUAACGGAGACCAUAUUAAAAGAACUACAGCCAGAUGACGUCAGAAGACUACAAGACGUCAUUAUAAGUUUAACCUGUCAAUCAUUAGAGAGAAGAUAUUUAUCACUUGUUAAGUGUUUAUUUAAUAAUAUUAUAAUAUUACAAUCUGAUGGUCAACUUGAUAUUAAUUUAAAUAUACAGUUAAUGAUAUGUGCUAUAAAAUCAGAUUUUGUUGAAGGUAUUCAGUAUCUCUAUAGUAAGAAAUUAUAUUUACAGGUUGAACAUGACAAUAAAGUAUGGAAUGCUUUGUUAGAAUCUGUUAAGUAUAACAGUUUCAAUAUUACUAAAUAUCUUUUAACAAUUUCUGAUUUAAAUCUCAAUCUAGACUCUCAUAAAACUAUAUUAAUGUUUGCUAAAUCUGGUAAAAUGUUGUCAAUUCUUUUAAGUAAUGAUCAAAUCAAGAACAUGAUUAAUUAUAAAUCUAAAUCUGGUCACCAUGUGUUAGAUCACUGUAUAGAAAACACUGAUGAUGUGGACGAAUGUUUCAACUGUAUUAACAUUCUAACAGAAGCUGGAGCUGAAUUCGACAAGUUCAAUCAAACUAAAUCAUUACAAUAUGUCAUUAUUAAGUAUGGUGAUAAACAUAAGUGUUUAGGUAUUAUAUCAUUAUUACUACAACACGGUGCUGACGUUAAUCAGGCUGACGGGUAUCUCACACCUUUAACAUGUGCUAUAUGGUUACAUGGUGAUAAAGAUACAUGUUUAGGUAUUAUAUCAUUAUUACUACAACAUGGUGCUGAUGUUAAUCAGCUUGACAAGAUGAACUCACCUUUAACAUGUGCUAUAGAAUACCAUGGUGAUAAAGAUUCCUGUUUAGGUAUUAUAUCAUUAUUACUACAACACGGUGCUGACGUUAAUCAGGCUGACGGGUAUCUCACACCUUUAACAUGUGCUAUAUGGUUACAUGGUGAUAAAGAUACAUGUUUAGGUAUUAUAUCAUUAUUAAUACAACAUGGUGCUGAUGUUAAUCAGGUUGACGGGUUCUAUCACUCACCUUUAACAUAUGCUAUAGAAUUCCAUGGUGAUAAAGAUACGUGGUUAGGUAUUAUAUCAUUAUUACUACAAAAAGGGGCUGAUCCUACCCAGAGUGUCGAAACAACAACGCCUUUAAUGUAUGCCGCCCAAUACGCCCACUAUAUAGAUAUUGUUAAAUUAGUGCUUGUAGAUAUUGUUAAUGUAAAUAGAACUAAUGAUCUGGGUUUAUCAGCUUGUAGACAUUGUUUUGUAAAAACGGCGAAACGUAAAUAUUAUGGGACCUGGGUGAGUAAAAGGGAUUUUAAAACUACUCUGGCUAUCUUUAAACUUUUAGUCGAGUCUGGUGCUAAUUUGGUUGCUAAUGGUCCCGAACUACUGUACGAUAUUAUGAAAUUCGGUCAAUUAAAUAUUUUUGAGUAUUAUAUAGGAUUAAAGCCAUUAGUGGAUAGUUUUACUGAAACAACAAAUCGAAAUAUUUUUCAUGUCUUGGCCCAAGUGAAAUAUGAGUUUACACCAGAGAAGUUUAAUUGGUUGUUUAAUUAUAAUAUUGAUAUAAAUCAUAAAGAUUCUCUAACUAACACUCCUCUUAUUAUUGGAGCUUUCUUAUUGAACCAUAAAUACCUGGACUUGAUAACAAAAUACAGUCCUACACGUGAUGUUAAUAUACCAAACAAUAAAGGUCAUACAGCCAUACACAUUGCUGUAAUCGGGUGCCUAUUAUCUAAGUCUAGACUGAACCAAACUGGAAAUUUGAUGGACGAUUCACUGAGUGAACACUAUAAAACUUUUCAAAAAUGUGUCAAACUUUUACUUGAUGCUGGUGGAAAUAUUAAUAGUCAGGACAAUAAUGGAAAUACUGCUUUGAUUUUAGCGGCCAAGAAAAAUAAUAAAUUUAUUUUACGUUUACUACUUGAAUUGGGCUCAAAUAUCAGUAUUUUAGAAACCAAAUAUGACACAUCUGCUUUACAAUAUCUAGACCUUGAUUAUAGUAGACAUUUUGUGAAAAUGUUUUUGAUGAGAGGUGGCCAUAAACUUCUGAAUUUACCAGGACCACAUGGAAAUACACUGAUACAGCGAGCUUUACUUUUCCCUACCUUUUUUGAACCAGAGAAAACUGUUGAUUUAAUAAGAUAUUUAGUUGCUGAAAACUGCUGUCUUCAGCAUCUUCAGUCUGUAUCUACUGAAACCAAUUUCUACAAUGACGAUGUUCAUUUAGAUGAUUUUGACAGUAAAGAGAGAAAUAAACUUAGACAACUACUUUAUCGAAGUGGGGCUCCAGAAGAAGAGAUUGUUUCGACCGUUAAUUUCAAAAUGGAGGAUGAGCAAGAUGGACAAGGUGGAAUGGCUCACUCAAUAAACAGGGAGAAAUUCAAGUUAGCAUGUUUUAACUUAUCUCUUCAAGAGAAGUGCGUAAGACUCAUCAGACAGAAAUUGGGACUAGAAAUAAGGAAAAAAGUUCAACAACUUGACUUAACUGGACCUGUGGUGAAGAAGAUCUUACUGCGUGAUCUUCUUCCUAAAAAAUACUUUAUCCGUUAUUCCGAGGAUGAUUAUUAUGAUGAAGAUAAUAUGAGGGAAGAUGACGAUCAGGAUGAUGAUGAUGAUGAUGAUGAUGAUGAUGAGAAUGAAGGAGAUGAUGCUAAUAAUGGCUAUGAUUACCAAGUUUAUAACCUGGAAGGAAAUGAAGAUGACACACCUGAUAUCAAGAAUAAUGUUGUCAAAGAUGGUGAUGGUGAUGACAUACCUGAUGAUGUUAUUGUAGAUGAGAAUGAUAAAGCUACGGAUGUUAGUGAUGAUAAAGAUAUGAAUGUUAGUGAUAGCGAUGACAAGAUGGAUGUUGAAGGAUGAUGAUAAUGGUGAUAUCUGUGAUUACGAUGAUGAUGAUGAUGAUGAUGACGAUGAAUGUUGACGGGGGACCAAGUCGAGGGUAUUGUUAUACGAUAAUUCUAAUAGUGAUGGAUAACGUCCUACAUUUCAACACCGAAUGUAGGAUAUUGGGAUGUACGUCUUGGAGAUGAAAAUAUUGGUCAUGAUGAUGAUGAUGAUGAUGAUGUAGAUAUCUGGACGGUGAUGAUGACUGUAUCCAUUUCUAACAUCUGAUGAUAUCCGAUUUCCUAUAUAAUUAAUUAUAACUAUAUGAUAUACCCAUGCCUGAUGAUAACAUGAUUGCGAAUGAUGACCGCAAUCAUGUAAACCACCUGGACGGUGAUGAUGACUGUCUCCAUGUAAACCACCUGGACGGUGAUGAUGACUGUCUCCAUGUAUACCAUCUGGACGGUGAUGAUAGAGUAUGGUGACAGUAUCAAUGUAUAACAUCUGGACGGUGAUGAAGAUAGAGUAUGAUGACAGUAUCCAUGAGUAUGGUGACAGUAUCAAUGUAUACCAUCUGGACGGUGAUGAUGAUAGAGUAUGGGGUCAGUAUCCAUGAGUAUGGUGACAGUAUCAAUGUAUACCAUCUGGACGGUGAUGAUGAUGAUAGAGUAUGGCGACAGUAUCAAUGUAUACUUUCUGGACGGUGAUGAUGAUAGAGUAUGGUGACAGUAUCAAUGUAUACCAUCUGGACGGUGAUGAUGAUGAUAGAGUAUGGCGACAGUAUCAAUGUAUACUAUCUGGACGGUGAUGAUGAUAGAGUAUGGUGCCAGUAUCAAUGUAUACCACCUGGACAGUGAUGAUGAUGGAGAUGUUGACAGUAUCCAUGUAUACCAUCUGGACGGUGAUGAUGAUAGAGUAUGGUGACAAUAAUGAUUAUACAACGUUAGCUAGUGACGACACCAGAGAAAAUGAAUUAUAUAAUAUGGAGUAAGAUGGCGAUGAUCAAUUAUGUUUGAUAUAGGAUGGUAUAUUUGUUAUUUGAUUAUAUAGGAUGCUAAAUGCCUUUAAUCGCUUAUUGUAUUAUAUAGAAUAUGUUGUCGUUAUUGGUUUAGGGCACCAUUUUUUAUUUUAUCACCACCGUGUUAUUAUUAAUGGUUUAUCACCACCGUGUUUUUAUUAAUAGUUUAUCACCACCGUGUUAUUAUUAAUGAUCUUUCAGCACCAUGUUAUUAUUAAUGGUUUAUCACCACCAUGUUAUUAUUAAUAGUUUAUCACCACCAUGUUAUUAUUAAUAGUUUAUCAGCACCGUGUUAUUAAUAGUUUAUCACCACCAUGUUAUUAUUAAUGGUUUAUUACCACCAUGUUAUUAUUUAUUGUUUAUCACCACCAUGUUAUUAUUAAUGGUCUAUCACCACCAUGUUAUUAUUAAUAGUUUAUCACCACCAUGUUAUUAUUAAUAGUUUAUCAGCACCGUGUUAUUAAUAGUUUAUCACCACCAUGUUAUUAUUAAUGGUCUAUCACCACCAUGUUAUUAUUAAUAGUUUAUCACCACCAUGUUAUUAUUAAUAGUUUAUCAGCACCGUGUUAUUAAUAGUUUAUCACCACCAUGUUAUUAUUAAUGGUUUAUUACCACCAUGUUAUUAUUAAUAGUUUAUCACCACCAUGUUAUUAUUAAUGGUUUAUAAGCACCAUGUUAUUAUUAAUAGUUUAUCACCACCAUGUUAUUAUUAAUGGUUUAUCACCAUCAUGUUAUUAUUAAUGGUUUAUCAGCACCAUGUAAUUAUUAAUAGUUUAUCAGCAUCAUUUUAUUAUUAAUGAUUUAUCAGCAUCGUGUUAUCACCAUCAUGUUAUUAUUAAUGGUCUAUCACCACAAUGUUAUUAUUAAUGGUUUAUUGCCACCAUGUUAUUAUUAAUGGUUUAUCACCACCAUGUUAUUAUUAAUAGUUUAUCACCACCGUGUUAUUAUUAACGGUCUAUCACCACCAUGUUAUUAUUAAUGGUUUAUCACCACCGUGUUAUUAUUAAUAGUUUAUCACCACCGUGUUAUUAUAAAUGGUUUAUCACCACCAGGUUAUUAUUAAUAGUUUAUCAGCACCAUGUUAUUAUUAACGGGUUUAUCAGCACCAUGUUAUCAUUAAUGUUGUUAUUAAUGGUUUAUCAGCACCAUGUUAUUAUUAAUGGUCUAUCAACACCAUGUUGAUAUUAAUGGUUUAUCACAUUAUUAAUGGUUUAUCACCACCAUGUUAUUAUAAAUGGUCUAUCACCACCAUGUUAUUAUUAAUGGUUUAUCACCACCAUGUUAUUAUAAAUGGUCUAUCACCACCAUGUUAUUAUUAAUAGUUUAUCACCACCAUGUUAUUAUUAAUGGUUUAUCAGCACCGUGUUAUUGAUAAUGGUUUAUCACCACCGUGUUAUUAAUAAUGGUUUAUCACCACCAUGUUAUUAUUAAUGGUCUGUCAGCACCGUGUUUUUAUUAAUAGUUUAUCACCACCGUGCUAUUAUUAAUGGUUCAUCAGCACCAUGUAAUUAUUAAUAGUCUAUCAGCACCUUGUUAUUAUUAAUUGUUUAUCACCACCGUGUUAUUAUUAAUGGUUCAUCAGCACCAUGUUAUUAUUAAUGGUUUAUCACCACCAUGUUAUUAUUAAUAGUUUAUCACACCAUGUUAUUAUUAAUAGUUUAUCACCACCAUGUUAUUAUUAAUGGUUUAUCACCACAUUGUUAUUAAUUGUUUAUUACCACCAUGUUAUUAUAAAUGGUUUAUCACCACCGUGUUAUUAUUAAUAGUUUAUCACCACCAUGUUAUUAUUAAUGGUCUAUCAGCACCGUGUUAUUAUUAAUGGUUUAUCACCACCAUGUUAUUAUUAAUAGUCUAUCGGCACCGUGUUAUUAUUAAUGGUUUAUUACCACCAUGUUAUUAUUAAUGGUUUAUCAUCACCAUGUUAUUAUUAAUGGUUUAUCACCAUCAUGUUAUUAUAAAUGGUUUAUCAUCACCAUGUUAUUAUUAAUGGUUUAUCAUCACCAUGUUAUUAUUAAUGGUUUAUCAUCACCAUGUUAUUAUUAAUGGUUUAUCACCACCAUGUUAUUAUUAAUAGUUUAUCACCACAUUAUUAUUAUUAAUGGUUUAUCACCACCAUGUUAUUAUAUGUUCAUGUUUAAUGCUGUAUAAUAAAUGCAGAUAUGAUACA